AUGAUUAGCCAGUUUUUUAAACCUAUUCCGAAACCCACAAGGACAUUGAACGAUGAUGAUAGUACAAUAGAUCAAUCACAAACAAAAAUGUUAAAAUUAAAUGUUACCUCAACUUUUAACGAGUCUUCUAUUUCCUCUUCUAGCUUAAAUGUGCUUAAUAUUAGCUUAAAUAGUGAUGAACAAUCUAUUCAGCCAAUUAUCAAUUUUCCACGUCGUAAAAUUUGUGAAAAACAACGUAGUUUUCAAAGUUCAUGGUACAAAGUUUAUCCUUGGAUUGAAUAUUCUGUUCAAUUGGAUGAAAUUUUCUGUUUUUUUUGUCGUCAUUUUACUAGUUCUAUAUCUUGUGAAAAGCAUCAAGAUGUUUUAAUAGCCACAGGAUAUAAUAAUUGGAAAAAUAUUUCGGGGAUGGAAAAAAAACAUAACUCGGCAGAUUCGCAUAAAACAUCGUUAGCCAAAUAUCAAGAUUAUAUAUCAUCAAAAAGUAUAGGAGCUGUUACGACUCAAAUGAAUAUUCAUGUCGAAGAGAAUACAAAUAAAAAUCGAGAAGUAUUAAAAAGUGUAAUUCGUUCAGUUUUGUAUUGCGCACGACAGGAUAUAGGUUUACGUGGUCACAAUAAUGUAAUCGAAUAUUCAAAUGAAGACGAACACGACUUAGAAACUACAAAAAAUCAAGGUAAUUUUAAAGAACUAUUAGAUUUACUAUGUUUGGAAAAUGAAAAGUUUAAUAUAAAUUUAAAAGAAAUGAAUGAAGGUAGUUCGGUUUAUAGUUUAAUUGUUGAUGAAGCUCGUGAUGCGUCAAAAUUUGAACAAAUGUCAAUAUGUAUCAGAUAUGUACAUAAAUUAACUAUAAAAGAAAGGUUCUUAGGAUUUGUACAAGUAGAAGAAUUAGAUGCACUAGGCUUAAUUAAUUCUAUUAUCGAAUUUUUAAAUUCAGUUGGUUUAGAUAUUACAAAAUGUAUAAGUCAAUCCUACGACGGUGCAUCAGUAAUGUCUGGUUCUACCAAUGGCGUACAAGUAAAAAUUAGAGAACUUUCUAAAAACAAAUGCCCUUAA